UCCACUUUCCACAAGCUUUCCACAAGGAAACAUGCGUCCCCGGGACAUUUCCUCCUCCAGUGGGUCGUCACGCUAAAGGCUGGACUUGGGCAAAGUGUUCUGCUGUCGCGCGUAAAUGGCGCAGCCCACAAGGACGCGGCGCUCCUCGGGGCUUUUUAGAUGACCAGACCUCCAGUUGGGACCUCUAGUGUGGAACAUGGGGAGCGAGGUGACGGGAGCUCACCUCACGGCAGUUUUGCUCUCGAUUCUUAUUUGCAGGUGCACGCGUGCACAAGAAACGUUCAGUGGAGCCACUGGUUUUAGCCUGAGCCCCCCGUACCUCAACCUGGCGCAAAGAUCGAGGAUUUCUGCGUCAGCAACCUGCGGGAAGGAUGAGUUCGGGACGCCGAGGGCGGAUUUGUACUGUAAACUUGUCGGGGGACCAACCGCUGGACUUCUGACUCAAAAUAUUCGGGGCCAGUUCUGUGACUACUGCAACGCGGCCGACCCGAGCAAAGCUCACCCGGUGAGCAGCGCUAUCGAUGGGACGGAGCGCUGGUGGCAGAGCCCCCCUCUCUCCAAGGGCUUAGGCUACAACCAGGUCAACAUCACCCUGGACCUCGGACAGCUGUUUCACGUCGCUUACGUCAUCAUCAAGUUUGCUAAUUCGCCUCGACCCGACCUGUGGGUGCUGGAGCGCUCCGUGGACAACGGGAAGACCUUUACCCCCUGGCAGUAUUUUGCCCAUUCAAAACGCGAGUGCAUUGAAAGGUUUGGAAAGCAACCCAAUGCUCGCCUGGUUAACGACGACGAUCAGCUCUGCACCACACAUUAUUCCAGAAUCGUCCCUUUGGAGAAUGGAGAGAUUGUGGUGUCCUUGAUCAACGGUCGACCCGGUUCCAGAGACUUCACUCGCUCGCCGUCGCUUCAGGAUUUCACCAGGGCCACCAACGUUCGCCUGCAAUUCCUGCGUACCAACACGCUGCUGGGCCACCUCAUCUCCAAGGCCCAGCGAGAUCCCACCGUCACACGACGGUACUUCUACAGUAUCAAGGACAUCAGCAUCGGCGGGCGCUGCGUGUGUCACGGCCACGCCCAGGCGUGCGUGGCCGCUCGCGACCCGGAGAAGCCAAACAAGCUCCAGUGCGAGUGCCGACACAACACCUGCGGUGAGUCGUGCGACCGCUGCUGUCCGGGUUUCGGCCAGAAGCGGUGGCGCGCCGCCACCGUCGACAGCGCCAACGAGUGUCAGCCCUGCCAGUGCUUUGCUCAUGCCGCCGACUGUUAUUACGACCCAGAGGUGGAAGCCAGAGGAGCAAGUUUAGACAUCUCCGGCGGCUACAGCGGAGGAGGCGUGUGCAUCAACUGCCAGCACAACACUGCUGGAGUGAACUGCGAGCGAUGCAUUGACGGCUACUUCAGACCUUACGGAGUGGCCCCCGACUCACCCACUGGAUGUAUACCCUGCAGGUGCGACGAGCGGACCGCGGCAGGCUGCGAAAUGGGUUCCGGGAGGUGCGUCUGCAAAGCGCACUUUGCGGGAGAAACGUGCCAGCGCUGCGCAGAAGGACAUUUCCACUACCCUCACUGCAUUCGUUAUCCCGCGUACCACACAACCACACAAUCCCCUGCAGGACCCACCGCAGGAGUGCCCACUGGCUGCCCUGUGGGUUUUUUCGGCUCAAUCGCUUGUCAGCCGUGUCUCUGCGACGGGGCCGGCGUGGCUGAGAGCGUCUGCGGUGCCGGCGGUCAGUGUAUUUGCCUCCCCAACUACGGAGGCGAGGGCUGCCAGCAAUGUGCGCCAGGCUACUACGGGUACCCAGAAUGCGCUGCCUGCCAGUGUUCCCUGGAAGGCUCCUACGGCAGCUUGUGCAACCCGCUGUCAGGUCAGUGUGUGUGUCUGCCCGGGGUGGUGGGCCAGCAGUGUGACCAUUGCGCUUCGGGACGCAAGUUCCCUUCGUGCUCAGCUUCCAUCAGUCAAUGCAAUCCGGAUGGGACAGAGCGCACAGAACCUCAAACGGGUCUCUGCCGCUGCCGAGCCAACACGGAGGGUGCCUUAUGCGACAAGUGCAAAGCUCUUCACUGGAACCUGGCAGCCGACAACGUAUACGGCUGCGAAGGGUGCAGGUGUGAAGUCAAAGGGACGCUAAGUGGUGUUGGAGAUUGUGAGCAGAGAAACGGUCAGUGCCGCUGCAAGCUUCGUGUGGGCGGGCGUACGUGCGACUCCUGCCACGACGGCUACUUCCUGUUGCAGAAGAAGAAUUAUUUCGGCUGCCAAGGUUGUGAGUGCGACGUCGGUGGCGCUAUCAACCCGGCUUGCGACACGGCGUCCGGCCAAUGCCGUUGCCGUAGCAACGUAGACGGCCUGAAAUGCACACAACCAGCGCCGAGUUUUUAUUUCCCCGACUUGCAUCAGUUCAAGUUUGAGGUGGAGGAGGGCACGGCGCCAAACGGCAGGCCCGUGCGUUUUGCUUACGACCCGCAAGAGUUCCCAGAGUUCAGCUGGAGAGGUUAUGCUGAGCUGUCCCCUGCACAGAGUGAAGUCAGAGUUGUAGUGCAUGUUGAGCUGAAAGAUGCCAGACACAACUUAUUCCGCGUGGUGCUGCGAUUCACUAACCCGAGCCGUGCCGGUGUGAGUGGUAGCGUCCAGGCGGCCAAUUACAGAAGCCGUGCGGCAUCACAUCAGACUAAGGAAGUGAUUUUCCCUGAAAGUCGGCAACCAUCGUUCCUCACCGUGCCCGGAGACGGCUUUGCUGAGCCCUUUGCUUUGACGCCCGGCAACUGGAUCAUCCGCAUCGUAGCGCCCGGGGUUCUCCUUGACUAUUUGGUCCUGCUGCCUCAGGAUUACUACGAGGCCCCGCUGUUGCGCAAAGACAUCGCAGAACCGUGCACAUACGUGCCCACGCCGCAAAAAGAUAAAAACUGUUUGCUGUUCAAGCACGCGGCCAUGGAUGCCUUCGGCUGGGCUUUGGGCUCGCAGGGAAGCCUCUCGAGUCGGAGGGGCCGCAAGAGGAGGCAAGCCCCCGUGCAACGGCCCACUCCGGAUCACCCUGACAUGGCCUUUCUGCAUGGCACACAGUCUCAGCUUCAGCUCAGUCUGCCUGUUGCUCAUCCCGGUCCUCACGCUCUCAUCCUGGAGUACGCCAGCCAGGUGGACAGUGUCCAGAACGUCAACAUCCUGGUAGGUGUCCAGCAGGGUGGACAGAUUCGUGCCAGAGCCAACGUUUACAGCUGCGACUACAGCUUUUUGUGCCGGAGCGUGGCAUUGGACAGCAAGAACCAGGUGGCUAUGCUGCAGCUGGCUCACAGGGCGCAGCUUCUCCUGCAGAUCUCCACAGCUUCCUUCUUACUGCACAAAGUGUACGCAGUUCCCGCUAAGGAGUUCUCCAUGGAGUAUGUGGAGGCCAAAGUGCUUUGCGUCUCCACUCACGGUCGCUUCACUGAAGACAGUCAGCACUGCCUUGUGAGCCACUUGGACAAGCCUUCGCCGGGCUGGAUUUUGCACGCGGCCCGAGACGGGGAACUCAGCGCCGCCCGCCAACAAGGAGACAACGCAGACUGGCGGCAGAGACGACAGUCCGACUUAUCCGGUCACGGUGACAAGAUUCUCCUCAAAUACCCUCAGACGGAGAUAAGCUUCACCCCCAACGUGCCCCUCCCUGGCAGAUAUGUGCUCGUUGUGCAUUAUCGCCAGCCGGAGCACGUUACCUUUCCCGUGGAGGUCCGAGUGGACGCCGGCCAUAAGUGGAAGGGUUCCAUCAACGUGACGUUCUGCCCCUCGGUGUCUGGCUGCAGAGACGCGCUGGUCGCCGACGGCCGCACCGUCCUCGACUUUUCCCAGCAAUCUUGGCAGCUGCCAAGAAUCUCUGUGAUUGUUCCUCCUCGCAAGACUCUCAUUCUGGAUCAUAUAUUGCUGGUUCCUGAAAGUCGUUACAGCCCAGACGUCCUGAGAGAGAAGCCUCUGGAUAAGUCCGCACUUUUUAUCCAGCAGUGCCGAGGAGAAGGCUUCUUCAUUGACCCCAGAACAUCUUCCCGAUUCUGCAGAGACUCCGCCCGCUCUCUGGUGGCAUUUUACAACGACGGGGCUCUGCCUUGCCAAUGCCACCAGUCUGGCUCCACCGGAUCUGCGUGCGAGCCAGCCGGGGGACAAUGUCUCUGCAGACCUCACGUCAUCGGUCGGAGGUGUACAAAGUGCGCCACGGGCUACUUCGCCUUCCCCUACUGCAGACCGUGCGAGUGCGGCCGCCGGCUGUGCGACGAGGUGACGGGCCGCUGCUUGUGCCCGCCUCAGACCGUCAGGCCGGCCUGCGACGUGUGUCGGAACCAGACGUUCAGUUAUCAUCCCCUGCUGGGCUGCCAGGGCUGCGACUGCUCCGGGAACGGCCUGCGAGCCAACGCCGGGCCCGGCUGCCACCACGUCACCGGACAGUGCAGCUGCAAGCCCAGGAUUGGCGGGCGCCAGUGCGAUCGAUGCGCCGCAGGUUAUUACCGCUUUCCCCAUUGCGUCCCCUGCGACUGCGAGCAAGGCGGGGUCACGCCCGACGUGUGUCACCCCGACACCGGGAUGUGUCUUUGCAAGAGAAAUGUAGCCGGUGUCAGGUGCGACACGUGUCGGGACGGCUCCUUCUACUUUGACCCGGCCGACCCUAACGGGUGCACCGGCUGCUUCUGCUUCGGAGCCACCGACAAGUGUCACAGCUCCAGAAAACGCAGGGGCAAGUUUGUGGACAUGCGCGGAUGGAGGUUGGAACGUUCCGACCGCCGAGAGAUUCCGUCCGUGUUGAACGUGGCCAGUAACACGGCGGUGGCGGACAUUCAGGAGCUUCCGUCUUCCAUUCGAGCUCUCCACUGGGUGGCGCCGGCCUCGUACCAGGGAGACAGGGUUUCAUCUUAUGGUGGUUUCCUCACCUACCAGUCCAAAUCCUUUGGAAUUCCCAGUGAGGGAAUGAUUCUGAUAGACACGACACCUGAUGUCCUACUGAUUAGUAAGGACAUGACACUGGUCCAUUUUGCUCUAAAAGUCCAGUUGCCAGACAGACUGUAUCAAGGCCGAGUCCAGAUUGUUGAGGGAAACUGGCGCCAUGCUGGCACCAACAGGCCCGUGUCCAGAGAAGAGCUGAUGAUGGUUCUGGCGGGCCUGGCGCGUCUGGAGAUCCGAGCCUUGUACUUUACGCAGAGCCAGCGGCUCAGUCUGGGCCAGGUGGGCUUAGAGGAAGCCACCGAUACGGGGACGGGGGGUCCUGGGAACACCGUGGAGGUCUGCUCCUGCCCUCCUCAGUUUGCCGGAGACUCCUGCCAGAAAUGCGCCGCUGGAUACUUUCGAGAUGGCAACGGGCCAUAUCUGGGUCGCUGUGUGCCGUGCAAUUGUAACGGUCUGGCAGAGCAGUGCGAGGACUGGACCGGGAAGUGUCUGAAUUGUCAAUACAACACAGCUGGGGACAGAUGUGAAUACUGCAGAGAGGGUUACUAUGGUAACGCGGCUCAGAGGACGUGCAAGGUGUGUCCCUGCCCUUUCAGUACGCCCACAAACAGCUUUGCGGUCGCUUGCCGAGAGAUCUACGGCGACUUCCAGUGCAUUUGCAGGACGGGAUACACGGGAGAAAAAUGCGAAACGUGCGCUCCUGGCUUCUACGGUGACCCGCUAAUUCCCGGGGGAAGCUGUCGUCUUUGUAAUUGUGGCGGAAACGGCAACACUUGUGAUCCUAGGACCGGAGUUUGCAAGAGCACACUGGAGCCCGGAGACACAAACACGGACGACCGCUGCUUCGAGUGUGACAACUGCGCUCAGACUCUACUGAAAGAUUUGGAUAGGCUGGACAUCCAACUGCUACGGAUAAAAAUUCAGAUGGACAACGCCUCCGCCGGCGCUUCCUCCCAGGAAAGGCUCAAGAAGCUGGAGCGAGCCGUUACGGACACCAAGAAUCUGGUGAUCAAAUACAGCACCUCUGUCAACGGUCAAAGUUCCAGGCUCAAACAACUGAAAGAUGACAUGUUGAAUCUUUCCGAUGACAUUGGCUCUCUUCAAGACAAGGCUGACCAGACAGCUAUAGAUGCUGACAAAGCAGUUCUCGGGGUUGAAAAAAGCCACAAGCGGGCUCAGGAUAUGGACCGAGCCAUUCAAGACAUGCUCAAGAAAAUCAAAGCUAUGCUGGAGCAGCUGAAGGACGCCGGCUCCAGCGGGGGAACGCAGCCUGGCGAGAAUGCCAAGAAGAUGCUGGAGGACGCCCAGCGCAUGGUGAAGGAAAUGGAGAACAGGAACUUCACGCCACAGAAGACCGCCGCCGAGAAGGAAAGGGAGGAGGCCAGGAAACUCCUGGACCACAUCAAGAACGACAUGAGUAAACAGCUGGACCAGAACGUCGCCUCGGCGACAAAGUUGAAAGAGGAGCUGAAGGACUACGACGCCAAACUGAAGGAGCUGGACACGGCUCUGAAGGACGCCACGGAGCUGGUGAAGAAAGCCAACGUCCAGAACGGACUCAACGCUCAGGCUCUCCCCGCGCUGAGGGAUCGCAUCAACAACCUAAAGAAGGAGCGCAAGACUGUCAAGGAGCAGGUGGCCAUGGCGGCGAACGAGCUGAAGAAAAUAGAAAAUUUAGUCCAAGGGCUUUCCAACAACAAAACGGUGUACGAAAAGUUGGCCGCCGAGCUGGAUGGCGGCAAGACCGAUUUGAUCAAGAAGGUCAACGAGAUGUCCAAAGUGGCAGCCAAGGAGGACGUCGUGGAGGCGGCCGAGGACCACGCCCAGAAUCUCAAGAAGCUGUCCAAGGAACUGGAGGACGCCGUGAAGACUGCGAGCGAUCGCCCCGAGGUACGUAACGCUAACGACGCCAUCGAUGCCUACAAGAAUAUCACGGACGCCGUCCGAGCCGCAGAAGCCGCCGCCAACCAAGCCAAAGAAGCCGCCAACACCGCCUUGACCAAUGUCAAAAACCAAAAACUGGCGGAAAGGGCCAAAGAGCUGAACGAGAAUGGCGUCGAACUGGUGCAGAAUGCAGAAGAAGCACAAAAUGUCUUGGAUGAUGCUGCCAGGGAAAUUCCUAACAUCAAGCGGCGCCUGAAGAAUGGCGAGGACAAAAAGAAUGAUCUUGAGGCUGAGCUUCAGGAUGCGCGAAGGCAGCUGAAUGACAUUAGAAGAGAUGACAUUGCGGAUAUGAUCGACGAGGCCAAGAGGAAGGCCGCUUUGGCCAACGGCUCGGCCAGCGACACCAUGGACAAGCUGGACGCCAUCAGGAAAGAAAUGGCAAAGAUCAACGUCAGCCCCGGGGAUUCCAACCUCGGCGGCGCGUUGGACGACGUGGAGCAAACAGUGAGGAACUUGUUGAAAAGCAUCCCGACGCUGAGCGACAAGAUCACCGAGGUGGAGACCUUGACCUCGCAGUUUCCGCCACUGAAGAACAUCACGUACAACGUCAAGAAACUGAAGGAGCUCAUCAACCAAGCGCGCGACGCCGCUAACAGGAUUACCAUCCCGAUGAAGUUCAACGGCAACGCCCACGUGCAGUUGCAUCCCCCCAAGAACCUGGAAGAGCUGAAGGCCUACACCGAUUUGACCCUGUCCCUGCAGAGGCCCGAGGGCAGGGGCGAUGGAAGACGCAGACGCAGGCAGGCGGCAGACAAAGGAGACAUGUUUGUGAUGUACCUUGGCAACAAAGAUCCCUCAAAGAACUACAUCGGCAUGGUCUUGAGGAACAACGUGCUACACGGUGUCUACAAGCUGAACGGAGUUGAGCACACGAUGAAAACGGAUUCCAUCACCACAUCUCCGUCCGAGCCAGCCAAGUUUGAUAAAGUCGACCUGCGCAGAAUUUAUCAAGAUGCAGAGUUGAUCCUCACUAAAGACUACACGUCGGACACUCCCGGCAUUCCGACCGUGGACUUCAAGCGGGGAGCCGAAAUGAAAAACCUUCUGGACCUCACCCCGGAAGAUCUGGUUUUCUACGUGGGAGGCUACCCUUCCAACUUCACCCCUCCAGCGUCCCUCCAAUAUCCCAUGUACAUAGGCUGCAUUGAGAUGGCCUACUUUAACGACAAGGUUGUCAGCCUGUACAAUUUCAAGCACAAAGACAACAUCAAUGUGGAAACUCCAUGCAAGAGGUAUGUUUCUCUGCUGGGCUUUUACUUGGAGGGCACUGGCUACGGCCGCGUGGAAAUCGACAAGAAGACAAAUGUCCUCCUCAUCGGCAUGUCCAUCAUGACGCAUGCGGAAAACGGGCUGCUCUUGUACAUUGAGAACCAGGGCAAUUACUUCACCGUGACAAUAGAGAAGGGUGCCGUCCACCUGCGUAGCAACUUGCUGCCAGAACCAGCCACAAAGGAUGUGAAAUCGUUCCCGGUCCGCGAUUGGGUGGACAUUCUCAUCAUUUUAACCAGCAAGGGUAAAUUUACAGUCCGCGUAGCCAAUAAGGAGGUGGCCACGGCCCAAGUCCAGUUCGCCAUGGAUGACUUUAAAGAGUUCUACAUCGGUGGUGCGCCAAUGGAAAUGAGGGAAAAGAACAACAUCACCAUGCAAGCCCUCAGAGGCUGCUUGAACAACUUCAAGCUCAACCAAAAUUUCAAACAGAUCAACGAGAAAGUCGGCAUCAGCAAAGGUUGUCCCAAAGAUUCCCUGACUUCUCGGAAAGCAGAAUUCAGCCUCGGGAGCUCCCUCUCGGCGGACCUGUCCGACUUGGGUCUUGCCAACGACAUGUCCGUGUCGCUGGGAUUCAUGAGCACCGACAAGGACGGCAUCCUCCUGCAGUCGAAAAAAGCGGCUAACGACAUCCAUCUGGCUUUGCAAAAUGGCAACGUGGUCGUGUCUUUGAGCAACAAGAUGUGGCUCUCAAACAAGAAAUACGACGAUGGCCACUGGCAUUAUUUGACCGUGUCCAGAAAAGCCGGCAGGACGGAGAUGCUCAUCGAUGAUGACGACAACGGCACGGAGCAGAGCGGAAGCAUCUCCGUGCCGGACACCGCUAGCUCGGUGAUUCUGGGCCGAGACAAGUUCAAAGGCUGCAUCUCCAACCUCUACACCAGACGGGCCACCAAUCUGUACAAGCCCGAAGACUUCAGCCAAUUCAGGUCGUCCGGAGAUGUCCUGUUGGACGUGUGCACCCCCGACAGUCCUGUCCAACAGAUGCUCUAUCGGGACCUCAAGAAGGAAUUCGCCAUGCAUGUGCUGAACGAGAGCGCGUCUCCGUGCGCGCUACCUGACCUGGUGCCAGACGCGUAUCACUUGGGGGGGCCCGUUAGCCGCGUGAGCUACAGCCUGCCCCUGCAGGUGCUGCAGCCCAGGCCGCACUUCUCUCUGGACCUCCGGACUCGAUCCCCCGAAGGCCUGCUGUUCUUCGCCGCUACCAGGGGAGGGAGCUCCCAUCUGGCUCUCUACAUGUCGAAAGGGCGAAUCAGACUGUCGGUGGGCAGAGACAACGAGAUCUUCAACAGGGAGAAGUACAACGAUGGAAAGUGGCACUCGGUGAUGUUCAGUUUGGAGAAGAAGAAAUUCCGCCUGGUGGUGGAUGGGAUACGAGCGCAGGACGGUCAACUGACUGCGGCUGACGUGGCCUCCAUGAAGCACUUCACCUCGCCCGUCUUCUUGGGCACUGCCCCCGACUACCUCCACAAAGAGUUAAAGUCCAAGAACCUCCCAAAGCAAAGCGUGUCCGGCUGUGUGCGCCAUUUUAAAAUGAACGGCGCGGCCAUGCUGAAUCCGUCUGCAAACCACGGGGCCGGCCCCUGCUUUGAGGGCCCCGCUCAGAGGGGGGCCUACUUCUCGGGGGAUGGCGCGCACGUCGUCAUCAACGACUCCUUCGCCGUGGGCUCCGAUUUCGAGCUACUGUUUAACGUUCGUCCCAGGACGCCGACUGGACUUCUGUUGCACGUGGGCGAUUCUGGCAAAACUCAUCAAGGACUGACCACGAGCCAUUACGUCAGUAUUUACCUGCUCAGGGGAGAGGUGGUGGCCCUCGUGAACAACGGCAAUGGCGCCUUCAAGGCAUCCGUCCAGCCCAAAACGACACUCUGCGAUGGAACGUUUCAUAAAAUUUCUGUCAUCAAGAGGAAGAACGUUGUGCAACUGCAUGUGGACACGGUGGACACAUACAAGAUAGGACCACCGUCGACCACUGCCACUUUGACCAAAUAUCCCCUCUAUGUGGGGGGCCUUCCCGACAAGAUGUCACUGCUGCCGACGCCGCCUGUCAGGUCGUCCUUUGAGGGCUGCAUCCAGGACAUGAAGGUCAAUGGCGAGCCCGUCUCGUUCGCCAGGUUGCCUUCGGUGGUUGGGCCCGUCAACCUCAAGGAAUGUCCGGGUUGAAGCGGAUUUUGAGGGGGGGGGGGCUUUUUUGGGGGCCAAAACUUGGGACCACCUCCAAACAACAAUGUGCAAUCUGCUACCAAGAAGACAGAGAAUGUGUGUGUGUGUGUCACAGUGUGUAUAUGGUGAGGUGUGUGUGUGGGUGAGUAUUUAUUUUAAAAUCAUGUACAGCACCAACUUCUCAAUGCAUCUCCUUGAGUUGUUACUUCGGGGGGGGGGGAUACGAUUAUUCAGUCAGGGCUGCAGUGUACAGUACAUAACAGCACUUUAAAAUCAUAAUUGAUCAAUUUAUAUAUAUAAGCAUGUAUAUGUGUGCGUUUGUGUGUGUUGAUGCUUGGAGAUGAAAAAUGGUUGGACCCAAACAUUUAUGUAACAAUACUUUGCAGUUGAUGGUGCUCGCUACUUUUCCCAUUUGGCAUGUUUGAUUCCCUGUUGAUCAUAUGAAUCCUCACAAAUGCCAAGAAAUCGUUUAUGAUUGCCUUUUUUUUUUCCCUUUUGUUCUUUUUUUGCAUUCCUUUUGCAUGCAUUCUUCCAAGUGGUUGUCAAUGUGGUUUACGCUGGACAACAGCAUGUCUCGAGUCAAGUAUAGCUGAAGACUAAAAACGGAACAAUAGACCCUAAAAAGCACAGUGUUUACCGCUGACAGCAAAAGAAAAAAAGGCAGAUAAAAAAAUCAUCACAAUUGGGGUUUUUUGAUUUGUUUGAAAUUUGCAUUCCUGUUUUGUGACCACUGGUUUGUAAACCAUUUUGUAAUAUCUCCAAUAAAUUACUUCUGAUAUCUA